AUGGGAAGAGGGAAGAUUGAGAUUAAAAGAAUUGAAAACGCAAAUAGCCGACAAGUGACAUUUUCAAAGAGAAGAAGUGGGCUUCUGAAAAAGGCCUACGAGCUAUCGGUUCUGUGUGAUGCCCAAGUAGCUGUGAUUGUCUUUUCUCCACAAGGCAGGCUCUAUGAGUUCUUCAGUUCUGAAAACAUCAUUGACCGAUAUGUUAAAUAUGGCAAAAAUGCUGAUAUCAACAAGUUGGCAGAGGAACAACUUAUCCAGCAAAUGAGGUCUACCUGUGCAAGUAUGGCGAGGAAAAUUGAGCUACUAGAACUUUCUCAAAGGAAACUGUUGGGACAUAGCGUAAGUUGUUCUCAUGAAGAACUUCAAGCAAUUGAGGGCCAGCUUGAAAGAAGUUUGCAAAACAUCAGAAUAAGAAAGGCUCAGCUAUUUAGGGAGCAGCGUGAGCAACUGAAAAAUGAGCUGCGAGGGGUUAGGCGUCGUGGCGGAUUCCUUCAGGCGCCGCAGUGCCUUUUACAGAAUGGCUUUCCUUCGAGGCUAAGGCGCCGCGGCGCAUGUGAUAAUUGGUCGUGGUGGAUUAUACCCAAUAGGCUUCCUCCGAGACAGCUUGGGCGCCGCGACGGAUUCAAUAAGGCGCUGCGGCGCCUUUUACAGAGACGCACUCCUACUUCUCUGUUUGAGCCGCCGUGGCGUUUUCUCCUAGAUGCCACGGCGGAUGACUUCUUUUCAGCUCUUCUCAAUUCCUUACUCUCCUCAGGCUUUGUUUCCUGCAAAAUUGACUUUUAA